GAUGUGCAAGAGAAUGGAGCAGAAGGACAACCUUGCAGGACACUUUUGGAAGGGGUCUCAUGCAAACAGGAGGAAGACAAGAGUACCAAAAUGGAAGCAAACAGGAAAAGGAGGAAUGAAAUCCCUGCUUCUGACGUCUCUGAGCCUGUAGUCCAAAAACCAGAGAAUGGAAAGGAAGGGAGUCAAUGCCUUGUCUGUGGGAAAAGCUUCAGUAGCAAGUCAGGCCUUAACCUUCAUAAGAGAACUCACACAGGGGAGAAACCGUAUAAGUGCUUAGAGUGUGGAAAAAGCUUUGGUCAGAGUGCACACCUUACAUUACACCAAAGAAUCCACACGGGAGAGAGACCGUAUAAAUGCCUGGAGUGUGGAAAGAGCUUCAGGCAGAAGAUAACUCUUACUUUUCACCAAGGGUCUCACACAGGAGAGAAGCCAUUUAACUGCUUGGAGUGUGGAAAAACCUACAGCCGAAAGUCAUACCUGACUAGACAUCAACGAAGAAUACACACAGGGGAGAAACCCUUUAAAUGGGUUGAGUGUAGAAAGAGCUUCAGUCAGAGCUCAAGCCUUAUGAGACACCAAAGAAUUCACACUGGGGAGAAGCUAUUUAAAUGCGUCAAAUGUGGAAAGAGCUUCAGCCAAAGCUUGCAUCUUGUGGCACACCAAAGAAUUCACACAAGGGAGAAGAACACAUUUAAAUGCUCAGAACGUGGAAAGAGCUUUGGUCAGAGUUCAAAUCUUACAUCACACCAAAGAAUCCAUACAGGGGAGAAACCCUUUAAAUGCUUGGAGUGUAGAAAGAGCUUCAGUCAAAGCUGGCAGCUUAUGAGACACCAAAGGAUUCACACAGGGGAGAAACCCUUUCAGUGCUCGAAAUGUGGUAAGAACUUCAGUCAGAAUUCAAAUCUUAUAGCACACCAAAGAAUUCAUACAGGGGAGAAACCCUUUAAAUGCUUGGCAUGUGGGAAGAGCUUUGGUCAAAGUCCACAGCUUAUGAGACACCAAAGAAUCCACACAGGGGAAAAACCCUUUAAAUGCUUGGAGUGUGGGAAGAGCUUCAGCCAGAGUUCACGUCUUGUGGCACAUCGAAGGAUUCAUACAGGGGAAAAACCCUUUAAAUGCUUGGAAUGUGGGAAGAGCUUCAAUCAAAGCUCACAGCUUAUGAGGCACCAAAUAAUUCACACGGAGGAGAAACCGUUUAAAUGCUUGGAGUGUGGAAGGAGCUUCAGUCAUAGCUGGCGCCUGGCAGCACAUCAGAGAAUUCACACAAAGGGGAACUCAUUUGAUUUCUCAGAAUGUGGAAAGAAGCAUUGGAGGAGAGAUCGCCUUAAUUCAUAUGAAAGCAAAUGUCUCACAGCAGGCAGUGGGAAGAUCACCUGGUCACCAUACAGGGCGAUCGAGGCUCCUUCCGUGCCAAAACCAGGCCUGAAACGGAUCCGGAGAAUCAGACUCAUCUGGGAGCGCCUGGAGUUGAUUGGCACCCCGCGCCCGGCUCAGGGACCUUGCCCGGCGGGCACAGGGCUUGCACCUCGGCGGCAUAGCCUGGGUGCAGACAGGAUCCUUUUGCAAAUUGCACGCCACUGCCCAGACAACGCGGCUGCACGCGAUGAGCCGAGGGCCGGCGGCGGCGUCUGCGUCCGCGAACGGGGAGCUAAGCCCGAGGGGGUGCAAAGGGGCGGCGAGCUUUGCUGCUCGGGCUUCCACGGGAACUGGGCUCCUACUGGCUUUGCCAUAAUGCAGAAUCUGACCAAGGAGGAAGGCGAUCCUUUGGUCCUCUGGGAGGCUGCCUUGGAGCACAGCACAGAGGUGGAAGAACAGGAUUUAGCUGCCCUUAAGAUUGGAACAUCCUCUGGUUACAUUCAGGUUGGGAGCACUGGAAGAUUCUGGGAAAGGACAGGGCAGAGGAUCUGGGAAAUGGGCGCCCCCAGCCCUGAUGUGCAACACCGGCACUUCCGGCAGUUGUGCUACCAGGAGGCCAAGGGUCCUCGAGAGGUUUGCAGCCGCCUCCACAAACUCUGCCGUCAGUGGCUGAAGCCGGAGGGACACACGAAAGCUCAGAUGCUGGACUUGGUGAUCCUGGAGCAGUUCCUGGCUGUCCUUCCCUCGGAGAUGGAGAACUGGGUCAGAGAGUGUGGGCCGGAAACGAGUUUCCAGGCAGUGGCCCUGGCUGAAGGUUUCCUUCUGAGCCAGGCAGAGGACAAGAAGCAGGAAGGGCAGCAGGACUUGGCCACCCCAGUGACCUGGGCAGUUGCCUCCCCAAGGCGGGUGAAAGAGGAAAGAGAUCCUUCUGCUGCCACGGAGCCUCUCUCGGAGCAUGAACUGAAGAAGGAAGAGAAAGACCCGGCUGUCCUGGAAGCAGGAAAAGUCUCCGCUCCCGUUGUGGCCUGGAGCAGUGGAGGAUUCUGGGAAAAACAAAUGGAGAAGGCCAUGGGGACAGACUUCCUCAGCUCCGGGAUGCGCUUCAGAGGCUUGUGCCAGCAGGAGUUCAGAGGGGCCCAAGAGGUUUGCAGUCGACUCCAUGGUCUCUGCCGGCUGUGGCUGAAGCCGGAGCAACACACGAAGUCCCAAAUCCUGGACCUGGUGAUCUUAGAGCAGUUCCUGGCUGUCCUUCCCCCGGAGGUGGAGAGCUGGGUGAGGGAAUGUGGUGCAGAGACCAGUUCCCAGGCGGUGGCCCUGGCCGAAGGCUUCCUCCUAAGUCAGGCAGCAGACAAGAAGCAGGAAGAGCCAGUGGGCCAGUUUGCCAGAGAGGCUGUUUUGGCAGAGACGGCUCCAUCAGAAACCAGGCGAAGCCCAGCAUCUGGGCAGUUCAUGCAGGAGGGUGACAACUGGGCUUCCUCACCGGGAGAUGGACGGAGGAUGCAAGAAACAGGUUUGCACAGUGCAGGUUCUGUGAGGACAGAUCAGGUCACCUUCCAGGAGUUGGCUGUCUGUUUCACCAAGGAGGAAUGGGCUCUCCUGGAUCUGGACCAAAGAGCCCUGUACAGAGAAGUCACCGAGGAGAUCUGUGGCAUCCUGGCCUCUCUGAGAGGCACUGGGUGUGACUGGGAGAAAGAAGGAGAAACAUGUGCGACAUCGCUGAAAGCGACCAGGGGUGAAGAAUGCAAGACAAGAACCGAAGCAAAAGAGAAAAGGGGGAAUGAAGUCUCUACUUCCCAGGCUGAUGAGCCCAUUGAAAUCCCAAUUCAAGGAAUUUCAAUAUACAGCGACAAGGAGAAAAGCAACUGCCUUCUAUUUGGGCAUGACCUGAAUUGUAAAUCAGAUUAUGUUCUUAAUGUGGGAAUGCCCACAGUGGAGAAAUCUUUCAAAUGCUGUGAGUGUGGAAAAACAUUCGCACAGAGGAAGUACUUCAUUUCCCAUCAAAGAAUUCACACUGGAAAGAACCCAUUUAAAUGCUUGGAGUGUGGAAAGAACUUCAGUUGGAGCUCACACCUUAAGACACACCAAAGAAUCCACACCAGGGAGAAACCCUUUAAAUGCCAGGAGUGUGGAAGAAGCUUCAGUCAUAGUGCAAGCCUUAUGUCACACCAAAGAAUUCACACAGAGGAGAAACCAUUCCAUUGCUCAGAGUGUGGAAGGAGCUUCCAUCAGAGCUCACAACUUAUUUCACACCAAAAAAAUCACACAAGGAAGAAACCGUUUAAAUGCUUGGACUGUGGAAAGAGCUUUAGUUGGAACUCAUACCUUAUUUCACACCAAAGAAUGCACACAGGGGAGAAACCCUUUAAAUGCUUGGACUGUGGAAAGAGCUUUAGUUGGAACUCAUGCCUUAUUUCACACCAAAGAAUUCACACAGGGGAAAAACCUUUCAAAUGCUUGGAGUGUGGAAGAAGCUUCAGUCAGAGUUCAAAACUUGCUGCACACCAAAGAAUUCACACCAAGGAGGAUGCAUUUAAAUGCUCUGAGUGUGGAAAAAGCUAUAGGAGGAAUGGUUUCCUUAUUUUGCACCAAAAAAAAUGUCACACAGCAGGCAGGGAUCAUGUCCUCCACCGAGAAUGGCGGCUUAGGCCCAUCGCUCCUCGCCCGGUAAUCCUUGCAGCAGAAACUGGCCAAAGAGGAGAGCGUGGCAGGAACAACACAAAAAUGGAAGAGCAGGAUUUCGCUGGCGUGGAAGUAGGAAAGCGCUCCCAUCAUAUUCAAGUGGGGAGCACUGGGGAAUUCGUGGAAAGCGCGGUGCAGAGGCAGCAGCACGAGGGCAGCCCCAGCCCUGAUGUGCAACACCGGCACUUCCGGCAGUUGUGCUACCAGGAGGCCGAGGGGCCUCGAGAGGUUUGCAGCCGCCUCCACAAACUCUGCCGUCAGUGGCUGAAGCCGGAGCGACACACGAAAGCUCAGAUGCUGGACCUGGUGAUCCUGGAGCAGUUCCUGGCUGUCCUUCCCUCGGAGAUGGAGAACUGGGUCAGAGAGUGUGGGCCGGAGACGAGUUUCCAGGCGGUGGCCCUGGCUGAAGGUUUCCUCCUGAGCCAGGCAGAGGACAAGAAGCAGGAAGGGCAGCAGGACCUGUUUGCCAAAGAGGCCACUGUUAGCCCAGAGGCAGAGAUGGCUGCAUCCAGCAUCCAUCAGAGGCCAGUGUCUGGGUGGAUCAUGCGGGAAACUAAUAGAAAGGCCAUGUCACUAGGAGAUGAACUGAGUGUGCAGGAAACAUGUGCCGGCUCACCUUUUCCUUGUGAUGCUCUUGGAGCAGCUUAUGGGAGAUGGGACCAGGUGGACUUUGAGGAGGUGGCCGUGUAUUUCACAAAUGCGGAAUGGGCUCUGCUGGAUCCAGACCAAAGAUCCCUGCACAGAGAAGUCAUGGAGGCUUCGGCCAAGAUCGUGGCUUCUCUUGGCAGGGAUGGAUUAGACGAUGAGGAUCAAGGAGAACCAAGCCAGGGAUCACAGGAACAAGCUGGAUAUGAGCGCGAGGAAAAGCUGAGAGCAAAGGCCGAAGUGAAAGAGAAAGUGAGAAACGACACUUGCAUUUCUCAGGAUGGCAACAACUCUGAAAACCCAGCAGAAGAAAGACUACACAAAGUGAGGGAAAGGAGUCAGUGCCUUGUGUGUGGGAAAACUUUCAGUUUUAAAUCAGGCCCCAGUCCUCAUAAACAGACUUAUACAGGAGAGAAACCAUAUAAAUGCUGUGGCUGUAGAAAGGCUUUCAGUCUUAGAACAUACCUCAGUUCUCGUGAGAGAAGCCACGCAAGGGAGAAAAUAUUUAAAUGUUCAGAGUGUGGUAAAAGCUUCAAUCAGAUAGCAAACCUUAUGGCACACCAAAGAAUUCACACAGGGGAGAAACCAUUUCAGUGCUUCAUGUGUGGAAAGAGCUGCAGUCGGCGCUCAGAUCUUAUUUCACACCAAAAAAAUCACACAGGGGAGAAACCCUUUAAAUGUUUGGAGUGUGGAAGUAGCUUCAAUCGGAGCUCUAACCUUAUGGCACACCAAAGAAUACACACUGGGGAGAAACCAUUUCAGUGCUUGGAGUGUGGAAAGAGCUUCAGACAGAGCUCGCACCUUAUGAGACACCAAAGAAGUCAUGCGGGGGAGAAACCAUUUAAAUGCUUGGAGUGUGGAAAGACCUACAGCCGGCGCUCAGACCUGAUGGCACACCAAAGAAUACACACAGGAGAGAAACCAUUUCAGUGCUUGGUGUGUGGAAAGCACUUCAGACAGAGCUCGCACCUUAUGAGACAUGAAAGAAGUCACACCGGGGAGAAACCAUUUAAGUGUGUGGAAUGUGGAAAAAGCUACAGCCGGCGCUCAGACCUGAUGGCACACCAAAAAAAUCACACGGGGGAAAACCCAUUUAAGUGUUUGGAGUGUGGACGGAGCUUCAGUUGGAGCUCCCAGCUUAAGACACAUGAAAGAAUUCACACAGAGGAGAAACCAUUUAAAUGCUUGGAGUGUGGCAAGAGCUUCAACCAGAGUGCCAACCUUGUGACACACCAAAGAAUCCACACAGGGGAGAAACCCUUUAAAUGCUUGGAGUGCGGAAGGACUUUCAGCUGGAGCUCACAACUUAAGACCCACCAGAAAAGUCACACAAGAGAGAAGCCCUUUAAAUGCCUGGAAUGUGGAAAGGGCUUCAAUCGGAGCUCCCACCUCAUGUCACAUCAAAAAAACCACACAGGAGAAAAGGCAUUUAAAUGUUUGGAGUGUGGAAGGAGCUUCAAUUGGAGCUCAAAUCUUAUGUCACACCUAAGAAGCCACACGGGAGAGAAACCAUUUCAGUGCUUGGAUUGUGGGAAAAGCUUCAGUCGGCGUUCACACCUUGUUUCACACAAAAGAAGUCACACGGGGGAGAAACCAUUUAAAUGCUUGGAGUGUGGAAAGAGCUAUAGGAAGAAAGAUUCUCUUAUUUCACAUCAGAAAGUUCACACUUUGGUGGUAUUGUCAGCUGAUGGAAAUCGCAGCUUAGAACCGUAGCUCUCUACCAGAGUUAUAAUUUUAAAAGCACCAGGACAGCUGUCAAAUUCUGGGAGAAUAUCUGUAAGUAUAAACCACCAAGAUAUGCUAUGGCAGACCCUUGGGAUGUGGGAAAGCGAUUUAAAUUUUUUUUUUUUUUGGUGGCAAAAGUUAGUCUGUCCUGACAGAACUGCUAGAUCCAUCAAGCUGAAGCCCCUCUAAAUGACUAUAACUUUUUACAAGAGAUAACAAACACAUUUGAAUGAAACUUUUUAACAUUUUAAAACCCCACGAGGAGAAUAUGCAUGACAAGAAACUUGAUGAAUGUCUCAUGGAUAGCUAUUCCCUGUGUCAAACGCCAAGCAAAAAUUAAUGUGCUGUUACUGAAGAAUAUUCAGCUCAAGACCCAGAGAACUCUGCAGGAUCAUACUUGCCGAGAAGCUACAAAAUCGCUUCUCUCAAGAAACCGCAACUGAACUCCAGCCGACGGAGGUGAUACUUUCUCCCAACGGAAAAGGAACUCUGAAUGCAAACACAAAGAGAAAAGAGUAAGCAAUACUUCCAUGCUCCUGAAGCACCCCUGCAAAACCGAACAUGACGGGCAGCGCAGCUAUUCCAUAACUUCCCCCAUAAUCCUCUGUUUGCUGCUAAAAUAUGGAACAUCGCUGUAUUUGGAGUCAAAGCGUAUUUCCAAGGUUUCAGGCUGGAGUUUUCUUGCCCUGCCUGGAGAUGCCAAGGAUGGAACUCAGGACCUUUUGUCUGAACAUGCAAGUACUCCUCCAUUAAGUUACAGCCCCUGCCCACUUCCUCGGUUUCCUUUUACCACUUCACAUGGAUGGAUGUUAUUUAUACUAACUGUCUUCCUUACGAAAGGAGUGCCAUCUGUGCCCCAGAAAUCUGCAGCCCCUCAGAUUCCUUACCAGGAGUAAUUUAUUGUGUUGGGGAGCAGUUAUGAAUGUUAAACUCUUUCAAGGAGUUGCUUUGGGAAGAGGUUUGUGCCUACAUGCUUCUAAGCGCCCUCCUUGCUCGAGAGCCAAAAUGCUAAACUUUUGGAGCCAGUUCAUGCAACACGGCAUGUUAUCACGGGCCACUUAACUCGUGGCCAGCUAUGCUGCGUGCGGGGCAUGUGCCACCAGCAUCUUGAAUUUUCAGCCUGCAAGUGGGGGUUGCUGUGUGUCAUGUGAAUCCAGCCACCGUGAGUUAUUUGAACCUUAAAUAAUCCAUAUGUUAGAAGGUGGGUGGAGCGUGAGUCGUUUAACCUUCAGUUCAUCUAUGGUGGCUGGGUUUGCACAUCACAACCCCUGGUUCCCUCUGAUAGGAGGCAGCAUCUUCAGAAGGUGCAUGGAACCCAGGCACGCGAGUGCUAAUUGUGGGUUAAUUAACCCAUGGUAAGCUCCCUGGUUGUGUGAACCAGCCCUUCACCUGCAGGCGUUUGGAUCAGCCAUCAAACAGUAAACAGUAGCUAAUAUAAGCAGGAAAGAAAACCUGAUUUGGAAUUCGGAUAUAUUCAACACAAAUGGAUGUUUCAAGUCUAUUGGACACUGCAGUGACCACCAAGGGAGAAGUUGGCUCUCGGUGCUACAAUGCAAAAAAAAAAAAAUGCUGCAAUAAGGUCGAUCUCACAGGCAUCCCUCAUUUGGCUGGGAGUUCCAGCUCGUAUAAAUUUUGCUCUUGAAAAAUCUCUAACGAUUGUGGAUAUAUGAGUGUUUUAAAAUUCUAUUCCUGUGAUGUGAGGAGUCAUGGAUGGACAGGAGAGUGGACUUGGAAAGCAGUUACCGUUGCAAAAGGACUCGCAUGUCAAGACUGGAAAGACAAGCCCAGAAAUGGUGCAGUCAGCAUAGCCGGCACUGCUCAUACGAAUGUAUAUAUUCGAAA